AUGGUUAUGGUUCCGGGAACUGUAAGAGCCCAGCAGCGAUAUCUCUCGACGAGACGCUACGGGUCGAGCGAGAAUUGUUCGCGUUUGAGAAAGACAUUUCCCCCCUUCGUUAACGACUGGCUAAGACCCAUUGAAUCCAAGUUCUCUGAUGUGGAGAGAUGCUUCUUUCCUAGCCCUAAGACGAUGUUUCUGAUCGACCAGCCGGAGGGCCUAGUUUGCCAAAUUUGCCAACACAGCAAGAUGUCUUUCCAAGACCAUGCCGAUAAGAGGACGGGCAAGCUGCCGGAUAGCGUCCCCGCGAUCAUGCCUUGUGGACAUGUGGCAGGAGUUCGAUGCUUGACGACAUGGCUUCGAGACCACCAUAACUGCCCAUUCUGUCGCCAAGAGCUUACCCACAGUAAAUGCGGACACGGCGUUGUUCCUCGUCACAUCACCGUGGAAGAACUAUUUCUUAUACCUGCCACGAUCCCAGAAGGGGGUUUGAUACCAGAGUUAUGUCCUCGAUGCUACGCGACUGCUUUGAGAACCUCGGCCGAAGCAAGGUUCGAUGCCUGCAAGCGAAGAUUUGUACAGGCAAGGCGUCGGUUUUUCACAUCCGAGAGCCAGGCCGAUGCCAGCUUCCUUAUGCACAGAAAGACCGACUUCGAGAACAUCAUGCUGGAGGAGUAUUAUGCCAAGAUGACUAACGCAUGGCUGACCUGUUGGUAGGAAU